UAAAUCUUUAAAUAACAAAGAGGUAUAUAUCUUGGUUUGUAGAAGCAAAUUUUAUCUUGUUUAUAUGAAGCAUAAUUUUUUUUUUUUUCAAUGAAAAAGUAAGCACUGGGUACGUUACAGCACAAAUGGACAUUUCAACACGCUUAAAACAAUUUGAUGCAUACCCUAAAACACUAGAAGAUUUUAGAGUAAAAACAUAUGGUGGAGCAUUAAUAACUGGAAUCAGCUCUAUUAUCAUGUUUGCUUUAUUUUUAUCUGAAUUUAAUUACUACCUUACAACUGAGGUUCAUCCUGAACUCUUUGUUGACACAACAAGGCAUCAAAAACUAAGAAUUAACAUAGAUGUCUAUUUUCCAAAUAUUGGUUGUGCGUAUUUAAGUAUUGAUGCAAUGGAUGUAUCUGGCGAACAACAGACUGAUUUAGAACACAAUAUCUUUAAAAAAAGAUAUGAUGAAAAAGGAAAUCCAAUUGAUACAGUCGAAAAAAAAGAAGAACUUGGCGAUAAAAGUGAAGAAGCUGUAAAGGUUUUAAAUUCAACAUUAGAUGAUAAACCAAAAUGUGAAAGUUGUUAUGGUGCCGAAACAACAGAUCACCCGUGCUGCAAUACUUGUGAAGAUGUAAGAGUAGCUUAUCGAAAAAAAGGCUGGGGAUUUCAUGAUCCUGAUUCUAUUGAACAGUGCAAAAGGGAACAUUGGAAAGAUACUUUUCAACAGCAAAGUAAUGAAGGUUGUCAAAUAUAUGGUUAUAUUGAAGUUAGCAAGGUUGCUGGCAACUUUCAUAUUGCUCCUGGUAAAAGUUUUCAACAGCAGCACAUUCAUGUGCAAACGAUUAGAUUUGGAAAAGAUGGAACCAUUUCUUUAAACAUGCAUGAUCUUCAGCCAUUUGGUGCCAAGCAGUUUAAUGUUAGUCACAACAUUCGGUCAUUAUCAUUUGGGGAACCAAUUCCAGGAGUUGAGAAUCCUUUAGAUGGAACAAAUGUCAGCGCUGAAGCUGGUUCGCUUAUGUAUCAAUACUUUGUUAAAAUUGUCCCCACGGUGUACAAGAAACUUUCUGGAGAGAAUGUUUGGAGUAAUCAGUAUUCUUAUACGAAACAUAAAAGACCAGUGCGACAACUUUCUGGGGAACAUGGUUUGCCAGGAAUGUUUGUACUGUAUGAUCUGUCACCGAUGCUUGUUCAAUACACUGAAAAGAGAAGAUCUUUCACUCAUUUUUUAACUGGCGUCUGUGCUAUUAUAGGUGGUGUUUUUACAGUUGCUGGUUUGAUUGACUCCUUGGUCUACCAUUCAGCACGCGCACUCAAGAAAAAAAUAGAAUUAGGAAAAACGACUUGAAUAUGUAUAACGAAAGACUAGUGUAAACUAACAAACAAUUUAGAAUUUUCUACAAACAAGUAUUUAUUACCAUAAAUCAACUCA